AUGGCCUCCGUAGCACUCACCACCACCCUCCCCUCCCUCCGCCUACGCCGCAACACAACCACCACAGCCACCGCCAUCAAACCUAACCGUCUCAGUUCCCUUCCACCUUCCUCACUCAAACCUAACCUCACCACUUCGAUUUCCUCCUUCCCGAAUUUCUCACUAAAAAAACCAAACCUCGUUUUCACUCGUAAACACUCUUCUCUCACCGUUAGAGCCACUGUAUCCUCCAUCACUCCGGCUCCGGCGCCGGCACCGGCACCGGUUCAGCCAUGGCAAGGCGCCGCAAUAAAACCCCUAUUAGCCUCCAUCGCCACGGGAGUAAUCCUCUGGUUCACUCCAGUUCCGGCGGGCGUGAACCGCAACGCGUGGCAAUUACUCGCAAUCUUCUUGGGCACAAUCGUCGGCAUUAUAACCCAACCGUUGCCCCUCGGCGCGGUGGCGAUAUUAGGGUUGGGCGUUUCCGUUCUCACCAAAACCCUAACGUUCGCCGCCGCGUUCUCCGGAUUCGGUGAUCCGAUCCCGUGGCUCAUCGCACUCGCCUUCUUCUUCGCCAAGGGAUUCAUCAAAACUGGCCUCGGAAACCGCGUCGCGUACCAGUUCGUGAAGCUCUUCGGCAGCUCCUCGCUUGGGUUAGGCUACAGCCUCGUCUUCAGCGAGGCGCUGCUGGCGCCGGCGAUUCCCUCGGUGUCCGCGAGGGCGGGUGGGAUCUUCCUCCCGCUCGUGAAGGCGCUGUGCGUGGCAUGCGGGAGCAACGCCGGCGACGGGACGGAGAACAGAUUGGGGGCGUGGCUCAUGCUCACGUGCUUUCAGACUUCGGUGAUUACGUCGGCGAUGUUUCUGACGGCCAUGGCGGCGAAUCCGCUCUGCGCGACGCUGACACAGAAUUCUAUUAACCAAACGAUUGGGUGGUUGGAUUGGGCCAAAGCUGCAAUUGUCCCUGGUUUGGCGUCGUUGGUGCUGGUUCCGUUGAUUUUGUAUGUUAUAUACCCUCCGACCCUGAAGAGUAGUCCUGAUGCUCCCAAGCUUGCGAGAGAGAAGUUGGAGAAGAUGGGGCCCAUGACAACCAAUGAGAAGAUCAUGACUGCUACAUUGUUUCUCACGGUGGGACUUUGGGUAUUUGGAGGACUUCUUAAUAUUGAUGCUGUAUCUGCUGCAAUUCUUGGAUUAUCCGUACUUCUUGUCACAGGGGUUGUAACAUGGAAGGAGUGCUUAGCUGAAGGAGUUGCCUGGGAUACUCUCACAUGGUUUGCUGCCCUCAUAGCAAUGGCUGGGUAUUUGAACAAAUAUGGUCUCAUUUCUUGGUUUAGUCAAACUGUAGUCAAGUUUGUUGGUGGAUUGGGUCUAUCAUGGCAACUAUCUUUCGGGAUUCUAGUCCUUCUCUACUUUUACUCUCAUUACUUCUUUGCAAGUGGAGCUGCUCAUAUUGGUGCUAUGUUUACUGCAUUUUUGUCUGUUUCCACUGCUCUGGGGACUCCGCCAUUCUUUGGAGCCAUAGUGCUGUCAUUCCUUUCCAACCUUAUGGGUGGCCUUACUCAUUACGGAAUUGGAUCAGCUCCAGUGUUUUUCGGGGCCAAUUAUGUUCCCCUUGCUAAAUGGUGGGGUUAUGGAUUCCUCAUUAGUAUUGUUAACAUUGUAAUCUGGCUUGGACUUGGAGGAGUUUGGUGGAAAUUCAUUGGCUUGUGGUAA